AUGCGCUUGAAACUUUGUGCCGGCCUUGCAUGGGCGACUCUCUUUUCUCAUUCCCUUGCCGUGUACGAUGUCCCCUCUGUUGGAGCCUCUGUUCUGUCCAGGGAAGUGAAUGAGUGCCAGGACUCGGACCGGAUGUAUAGCACCGAAGACAUCCCGCAAGGCGCAGUUGAGCCCUGGACAUCCGACGGCACUCAGCUAGACUCGGCUCAUUCGGAUGGUCUCCAGUGGGUUACUAUUGUAAAUCUCACGCCGUAUAGGAUGGUUUAUACAGGUGGUCCUGCGCCCUAUCAGUUCUCCGCCUGGGACUUUGGCGACAUCCCUUCUGGCAAGACACGGGAGAACAAAGCCACAUACGACACCCGUGCCGGUAUAUUUAGCUUUGCCGACACCAACGGCUACGCCAACUACAGACUUGAGGGUACGGACAAGACGUUCCAGAUCCACGUCACAACACACAUCCCAGACUCCUACGAGCGGCGGGUGAUUUUUGAUCUCGGUGGCAUGGGCAUGGGCUGGCGAGAGCUGGGCUUCCCUGGUGAGAGAGUCAGCGUGGCGCUGGUUAUCACAGGAAGUGAGCAGUACGGCUACGUCAACUCGUUGCAGCUCAACAACAUUGCCUGGAUGCGCACUAUGUACCCUAUCAUUAAAGACCGCGAUCUCCGCCACGUUGUGGUUCCUGGCUCGCACGAUGCUGGCAUGAGCCGCAUUACAACUAAUUCCGGCUGGAACGGGUUGGGCAUUGCAAGUAACACGGAGACGCAGAGCCUGGAUCACUACAACCAGCUUCGGGUUGGCACGCGGUAUUUCGACAUGCGCCUCGUAAGCGUCAACGGGGGCGCUUUCUGGUCGGCCCAUAUCAACGAAGAGGUCACCGCGGCCCCAGUUGGCGCGACUGGUGAAUCGCUAGAUGACCUGAUUGCUGGACUCAAUCGUUUUACAAAGGACUACCCUGGUGAGGUCAUCGUAUGGGCCAUUAGGUCAAUGGUGGAUUUGGACAACAGGAAAUUGUCAAGCAAAGACCAACGAUACUGGAACGCUGAUAAGCUCAAUGAAUUUUAUAUUAAAUUAGAGGGCAUCAACAACAGAUGCAUAGGCCUGACCAAUACGCCCAGAUUCGACAUGCAGCCCAUGAAGAACUUCAUGGAUCGAAACGGAAAUAAAGGCUGCGUUCUACUCCUGACGGAUGGGAGGUUAACGGAAGGCCUCGCAGUGGACCGAGUCGCAUCCGGCAUCUACUCUCGUAAUAACUAUCUCAACAACGACGACUAUUGGGCCGAAGAAAGGUAUACCCAGCAGACUGCCGACAAGCAGAUAAUCCGAAUGCAAGGCCAUAUCCGCGAUGAUCAGUCACCGUCAGGUACCACCUCAGAUAACUAUUUCAUUAUGCAGUGGCAAUGCACUCCCAGUGUUGUAGAUGUCUCGAUUGGCCCGCAAACCCUACAGUCAAUCGCGAACCAGGUGACAAACCCGGCUCUGUACCACUAUGGCGUCCAAAAAAUGUCGCCUGAGAGCUUUCCAACUGUGAUUCUGCACGACGCCGUCGGCCUGUUCCACGUCAGCGACCUCGCUGAGUCUGCAUACAACCCUAUGAUGCAGACACUAGCUAUCGGACUAAAUCUUUAUAUGGUCAGCCAGAACUGCCUGGUCAGCAAGAUUAAAAACCCACUGCUCGUGCAGACGGCGCAGCUAAAAUCGCUUGUGGAUAUUGGGUUCAAGACCUUCACUGGCGUUAUAUUCUCAAACGGCACCGUCCUCGACGAGCCACCUCGAGACUUUUGUCGCACUUGUACAUUCAAUGAUACCUCGAGUAUUGAUCAUCCCCCGUUGAACAUCAAACCGAACAGCACUAUUACAGGACGCAGACGGAGUCGGAGAGCCAACCUGCGAGGCUUUACAUAAGAACUCGCAUGGUAGAGAGGAGCACCACUCAUCUCAAGUUUAUUUUGUUACCCAGCCCUUUUAUUUGCUACAAAAUUUGUCGAAUGUUCAAGGAAAUGGACACAUGGUGCGAAACGAACCUUUUUCUUAGAAUACUGCAAUGUAUAUAGAUAUUUUUCCC